ACUCCGACCCCAGGAGCCUCUCAAGGCUCUAUUCAUUCCAUUCCUUCUCAGAUUCACAGGACAUAACAACACAGAGAGGGAGAGGGAGAGAGAGAGAGAGAGCCAAGGACGACUCUCACAUAUCUUCCACGUCAACAUCCUCAACUUCUCAACCGAACUCCUAGUCUCUUCUUCCCUUCCUAUAUCCCAUUGCGUGAAGUUUUUGCCCAGUUUCUGCCUUCCUUAUUUCUGUCUCGUUCACCUAACAUUGUUUCACUCUCAAGAUUUGCUGCUCCACAGUGGGUUUGCUGCGGAAAUCCUGACUCUGGGCUCUCAUGGGGAAUUCAUUUGGGUGCUCCGCCUCCGGCGAGAGGUUGGUGUCGGCUGCUAGGGACGGCGAUUUGGUUGAGGCCAAAAUGCUUCUGGACUUUAACCCUUGUCUUGCCAAGUAUUCUACUUUCGGUGGCCUCAAUUCGCCUCUCCACUUCGCGGCCGCGAAGGGCCAUAACGAGAUUGUGGCAUUGUUGCUUGACAAUGGAGCUGAUGUGAACUCGAGAAAUUAUUGCGGGCAGACGGCCCUGAUGCAAGCUUGUAGAUAUGGGCAUUGGGAAGUUGUACAGACCCUUAUGCUUUUCAGAUGCAAUCAGGUUAUGAGAGCAGAUUAUCUCAGUGGGAGGACAGCUCUUCACUUUGCAGCUGUCAAUGGCCACGUAAGAUGUAUCAGACUUGUUGUGGCUAACUUUGUUCCAAGCACUCUUAAUGAAGCCAGAGACACUAGCUCAGAUGCUGAAAGAGCCAACGGCUCAAAUGUGAAGAACAAACAUGAUCAAAGUGCGCUGUCCAAGUUUGUAAAUAAGACAGCUGAUGGUGGUAUCACUGCACUUCAUAUGGCCGCUUUAAAUGGGUAUUUUGAUUGUGUACAACUGCUACUUGACCUUGAUGCAAAUCUGUCAGCUGUGACAUUUCAUUAUGGAACAUCAAUGGAUUUAAUAGGAGCCGGAAGCACUCCAUUGCAUUAUGCUGCUUGUGGGGGAAAUUUAAAAUGUUGCCAGAUCCUCCUAGCAAGAGGUGCAAGUCGGAUGGCUUUAAAUUGCAACGGAUGGCUUCCUCUUGAUGUUGCUAGGAUGUGGGGACGCCAUUGGCUUGAACCAUUGCUGACACCCAGUUCUGAUGCCACAAUACCUACAUUCCCUCCUUCAAAUUACUUGUGCUUGCCUCUUAUGAGCGUGCUUAACAUAGCCAGGGAGUGUGGAUUGCAGUCAUCUUUGCCAUCACCCCAUGAGACCGACUUUUGUGCCAUCUGCCUGGAGAGGCCGUGUACAGUAGCUGCAGAAGGGUGUGGUCAUGGGCUUUGUGUAAAAUGUGCACUCUAUCUCUGCUCAACCAGCAAUGUUUCUUCUGAAAUUCUUGGCCCUCCUGGCUCCAUCCCUUGCCCACUGUGUAGACACGCAGUUGUGUCUUUUGUCAAGUUACCUGGUUCUCAUGCAAAAGAAAACAAAUUGCAUGUGUCGCUUGGCCUAUGUACCCCAUGCAUGCUACAUCCCCGUGACCCGGAUCGGCCUCCCCUUUCUCACACACCAGAUACUCAAGGAAAUCGUGUAUCUUCUGUACCUUCAGAUAUACUCUGUCCUGUCACUUGUAGUCCGUUUCCAUCUAUGGCAAUUCCACUGUGUACCUGCAACGAUGGACCCUGUCCCUCAUAUGAACCCCGUGAAGCUGAAACAGAAGAUGAAUCACGUUCACAAUCAUCGACAGCGGAUCAGGAUAAAAUGGAAGGGCCAAGACUGGAGAAGACAACUUGUUCAAGCAUGUUCUGGGGUAGAAGAAGUUGCAGCAGGGAGCACCAGUGCAAUUCGGAGAUAAAUGCUUGACCAGUUUGGUUGUUGCAUCGCCAUUAUUAUGUUGUGGAUGCAAUUACAGACCCGUCAACGGAUCUGUUUGCUUCACAGGCUGUAUACUCUAGGCGUGAUAAAUACAGGUCUGUUUUCUUUUGAGGCGUCCUGAACACCUUCUGGACGCUUACUUAUGAUAUUCAUAGGGAGUGUGUAAAAUUAGUGUUGUUAGGUUGUAAUUGAUUGCUAUUGGAUUUCAUCUGAGAAAAGAAAUAGUGAUUUCUUACGGGGAAAAAAACUAAGGAAAAUACUUCUUUUUUCUUUCAGGGGGUGUAUCAGAGUAGCAUGUUCUUUUAUGUAUACUAUGUUUCUCUGGGAUUCUUAAGGUAUAAAAAGAGCGAAUUUGGGGAGUUUAAGUUGCUUAUUAAUUAAGUGGCCCUGUGAAACAGUGGCUCUUGCAAGAGUUGCCUGUGUUGUAAUAUAAUCAAAUUUUAAUAUUCUCUUAAGUAGCCCUACUUUAUUUA